UGAAACUGUGUUUUUUUUUUUUUUUUUAAUUUCUCCAAUUUCUGGGACUUUCUUCGGUCCAAAUUUGUGCUCGGGAGGAGAGCACCGUUGAGUUCGCAGCCAUGUCAGACGAGUUCGAGUUCGCCAAUCAGGUCCCUCCCUCCUUUGAUCGCUUGGGAAACAAGAUUAUUUAUGAAACUGAAGCCAAAGGGUUCAACCCUGGAUUGAUGGUGCUUCUGCUUAUUGGGGGGCUACUGCUGAUAUUCCUUGUGGGGAAUUAUGUACUUUACUCAUAUGCACAGAAGACUCUUCCUCCUAGAAAAAAGAAGCCAAUAUCCAAGAAGAAGAUGAAGAGAGAGAGGCUGAAGCAAGGAGUCUCUGCACCAGGAGAGUAGGACUUUGAGGCUCGAUUUCCUCCGUUCUCCAUUUUAAAACUGUUUGUUCACAAUUUUCAUCUGGUUUCGUGUCCAGAGAGUUGCCUUGGUUAAACUUUUAACAUCUUUAAUUAGAAGUAAACCCUAUGUUAGGGUAGACUAGGGAGUAAAAUACUGUUCUUUGUUCGUUGGAUGCAGUUUACUUGUCUCAUUUCCUUUGCGUUUCCAUUUAUUUCUCUUUUUGUGGUUUUUCUAUUAA